AGCUCCAGCUGCGACACGUGAACCUGCCUCCAAAUAUAAAUGUGAUCAAACGCCGCUCAGAGGGUCCUCACACCCCUGCGUCGAAAGUUUAUUCCCCCCCAGAAUCCCCUUUACGCACAAGGCCACGACCACGAGAACGCAGCUACGCGUAUAGCAGAGUGAACUCAGGAUGAGACUGGGUGGCGUGGCCCAGCGAUGUCCAGUCUGUCGGACGGUGCUGUGAGUGGCGGCGGCAGCUGUGGAACGUGGAGAAAGAAUCCUCUCAUGGGACUUCCCGGUCCUGAAGCGCCUGAUCCGGAGGCGACGUGAGGAGCGCGCGAGCCUCCAGAACACGGAGCGACGCCAGGACUCUCCUCACUGCGCCCGACAGCGGACACCAGCGGGUUCCGACUGGGAAGGAAGGGGGACGAACCCGUCUCUGAGCCGAGCGCACAGAGGACCCCGAGCCUGAAGGUUGUGGGUACAUAGCAUGGGAGUGCAAUGUUGUCCAGGAAGGGACUCAUUCCUGAGGAUUACUUGCUGACACGAUUAGCUGAGGAUGUUCUGCAGCCGAAGUUCAAGGCCAAACAAGGGAAGGCUCGGUUUGUGGGGAAGAACGGCACCUGCAACGUUGCGCACACCAACAUCCGAGAACAGGGUCGGUUCUUACAGGACGUGUUCACCACACUAGUGGAUUUGAAAUGGCUCCACACUCUCAUCAUUUUCACCAUGUCCUUCCUAUGCAGCUGGCUCCUGUUCGGGAUGAUCUGGUGGCUUGUGGCUUUUGCGCACGGGGACCUGGGUGAAAAGGGGGAUGAUUUUGUCCCGUGCGUAACGGACAUCCACUCCUUCUCCUCCGCCUUCCUCUUCUCCAUAGAAGUCCAGGUGACCAUCGGCUUCGGGGGUCGGAUGAUCACGGAGGAGUGCGUCUCGGCCAUCAUCAUCCUCAUAGUGCAGAACAUCGUGGGACUGGUCAUUAACGCCAUCAUGCUGGGCUGCAUCUUCAUGAAAACUGCGCAGGCUCAUCGGCGCGCGGAGACGCUCAUCUUCAGCAAGCACGCAGUCAUCUCCCUCCGAAACAGCAAGCUGUGUUUUAUGAUCCGCAUAGGAGACCUGAGGAAAAGCAUGAUCAUCAGCGCCACCGUGCGGAUGCAGGUGGUGAGGAGGAGCACCACAGAGGAGGGAGAGGUGGUGCCCCUUGACCAGAUCGACAUCCACAUGGAUAAUCCGGUGGGGACCAACGGGGUCUUCCUGGUGUCCCCCCUCAUCAUUUGCCAUGUCAUCGACAAGUCCAGCCCCCUGUACGAGCUUUCACCGAACGACCUGCAGCACCAGGACCUGGAGGUGAUCGUGGUGCUGGAGGGGGUGGUGGAGACCACCGGCAUCACCACGCAGGCCAGGACUUCCUACGUGUCGGAGGAGAUCCUGUGGGGCCAGCGCUUCGUGCCGACGGUGUCCGAAGACGACGGCAUGUACGCAGUGGACUACUCCAAGUUUGGCAACACCGUCAAGGUACCGACGCCGUGCUGCAGCGCCAAGAAGCUGGAUGAGGCCGGUGGCAUCGCACGGUUUAAGCUGAACGAGGGCGUCACCAUGCGGCCGUCCGUGAGAAGGCGGAGGGGGACCGCGAUAGUGCGCAGGUCCAGAAUGGAGAACAAGUGAGGCGUUCUGCUUAAAACGGAGCCGCUUCACUUUCAGUAUCAUUUAAAAACAACCUGAAUCUUAUUUAUUUUACAUUUGCGCGCACAUUGUAUGCACACAUAAACCUGUGUUUACCUCAGGAUCAGAGACAAAGCACUGAAAUAACUCUGACUGUUGGAAUAGUUCAGAAUUUCAAAAUUGGGGUUCUGUGAAAAGGUUACACGUAGUUAAUAACCUAUCUAUCUUUACGAUUCUCUUUCUCUCCAUAUUUAUUAUGAAUCCAGAGUGAUUAUCUGAGAGGAAACAGUAAACUCUACCGCCCAAAAGCAGCUCUAGUCUCAACGCUGUUCUUAAUGUGGCUUUAUUUUAUUUUAUUUUUUUACCAAAGCCCUACACAAAAAUAUCUUAUAUGUGCUGCAUCAGUGUCAUAACUUCAAAUAUAAUCUGAAGGAUGAAUUAUUUAAUGAUUGAUUUUUAUGACAAAGAAAAUAAAGCAAACAGAUUUCUGUGAAUUUGAAAGCAUUGGGAUUUACUAAGGAUGAACACUAAAAUUGAUUUAAAGAAAGGAGUUAAAACUACAAAGUCUGAAUACCAAAGUACCCAACAUUUAUCUGAGAGGAGAAAGAUGGGAAGGAUUUUAAAGACUGAGAAAGACAUUUGUUCCUUCAGCUUUCAACACCAGAGCUGCCAAGGACGGAAAUAGAAACUAGAAACAGUGCCUUACUUUUGUCAGAUGAUUUUUUCCCUCUCGGUUGAGGAGCAGAAGGAUUUCUCUUACAUGUCUUUCUGAUCAGGUAAACAGUUCUGGACUUCUCAAUACUCUCACUCUGGAUUUGGGACCAGGUUGGAUGUGGAUGAAGAAGUGCUUAAAGAAAGUUAAUAAGUAGGCGGAGUUACAAAACCUCACUGAGAGGAAAAACACGACAAAGAACUUUCAACAAAAUGAAAUCAACAACAUAUUGUAACCCAACUUGACCUGGUUAGAUAAAAGCCUGACGUGGUUGAAUAAAGGCUUUGACUUUUUGUCGCUUACCUGUUUUAAGAUUAAAUACAAAGAUGUGAGAAAAAUCUCAAAAUGUGGAUAAGAAGUUUAAAAUUGUAUUUCAAGAAUAAUGUUGAAAUAAAUCUCUAGUUUGCGGUCAGACAUAGAAGAGGAGGUAUGAAUUAGACCUAAAUUUGCCCUAAUUCCAGGAUCAGUGUAUUUCCUGGAGAGGAGACAUCAAUAGAUAGAUUAGCCCAUUAGAGGCAGAGUUGGAGUGAGUUUACAUAUAAAAAAAUAAAAAUAAAAAUAAAUGGAAAUAUGUAUAUUUUACCAAAAUGACUACAAUCUAUAACUACAAUUAUAAUACAUCUUUGAAGUUUCAAACAUCAGUAAUCAAUUUAUUGAACAGUUAUUCUAAUAGGUAAUAUGCUUGAUUAAAAUUAUAUUAUCAAACUUAGAGAAUAGUUUGGGUACUUUGGUGCAAAAUAGAAGUAGGGAGGGAUGAAAUACAGUAUGUAGGUACAGAACAGGAGUAUAAAUUGGCAAAUUAAGGAAAUAACUCUAGAGUUCUUAAUUGGGUCGGAGAUCUGACCCAAUUAAGUCAAAAUGUUUUCUAUUCCUGGUAAGAAAUAAUUUUUUUUUUAACCUUUUAACAAAACCCCACUUCGAAACUUCUGAGAUGUUUAAAUGUGAGCCCUGGCAUCCAGGGUGCAAUGUUUGUUUUUUAAAUCUGAAUGAUUGCAUGUAUUUUAAAUUAUUAGAAAGGGAGAUGCUUAACUUAAAGAUAAAAAGAAUGUUGUAUAUUGCCUUGCUGAAAAUGACAUUAAAGUAAAGCUGUUUUCAUGUA